AUGGCUGCGAGUAGUAGUGGUGUUGAAUGGGGUAGUAUAGUUAAACCCAUAUUAGCAGCAUCCUAUGGAUCAUUUAAUAAAAACUAUAUCACCGAUUUAGCUAAAGCAAUUAUCCGCAGUGAAGCUGAAUUACUACACCACGAUGAAAAAUAUGAAACAUUUUACACUGCUUUUAGUGCACUUGCAGCCGAUUACAUUAGUUCAAGUAUUUCUGCAGUGUGCAAAAGCCAGUUGGGUACAGUAUGUGCAGCUUGCAAAAUAUUGUUGCAGUAUUUACUUUCCAGCCUUAAAAAGUGCAAUGUCGAUUCAUCUUCAAGCAUACUAACAGUUAAACAAUUGCUGUUACCCAUCAAGGCUCUAUGUACGGGUCAGUCAAUGUUAUCACGGUCUGAUCAAGUUGCUUUAAUAGCUUUGUUGAAGAAUGCCAAACUACCUCCUCAUAUCAAGACAUCUAUUCCAGGAGAUACAGUUGAAACAAAAAAUGAAAAUAAAGAAGGAAAGAUACGUUCUAGGACUGAUUUAUCAAACCAAAUAAUGGAACAAUUGACUUCGCCUCUGUUAGAUUAUACCUUAAUGAAACAGGCACCUCCUGAGCCAACUGAAACAAAGUCUAAUGAAACUACUCCAGAUAAAUCUAAUGAAAUAGAUCAUGUUUUUAUACAGCAGAAUAUAUCAAAUCUUCAAAGUUUGGGAGCUGCAGAUGUACUUAUAGAAACGUGCUUACAACUUCCAUAUCUGAAUAGAUAUAUUAGCAAGUACAACACAGCAAUGAUAAAGAAAGGUUUCAGUCUUCCUAGUUCAUUUUCUGAAGCUCAGGCAAUGAGGCACAGUUUACAAAAUGUAGUAACAGAUCUGAACGUAGCCUGGAGUGCUUUAUCUUUGCCAGUAUUGGAACCGCUGACCCAAACAAGGUUAGAAAAGCUGACAAGUGUUACGAUGGGCUGUUUAUAUUGUGCUCUCUCUACAGCAACUGCUGCUAGUGUCCUUGGUGUGUCCUCAGCAGUGUCUCCUAAGACCGCUCCUCCAGCAGCUGCCAAUAGUGGUGGUUCCUGUAAAACAAAUGAAGAUGAGGGGAAUGCAGAUGCACUUGCCACAUCAGUAGUAGAGAAAGCCUUAGAAAUAUUCAAUUUAAUAUCAUCUGUGAUAAAAACAUCUACCAGAGCUGGAGGAAAUAUACACCAAAAUUACAUGUUGAUUGGAGCUUGGUUAAUAAUAUCUGGAUUGCAAGGGCAAUUAUGUGCUUCGAGUCAAGUACCUUCUGAAAAAUCCAUAAAAGAAGACAAAGGAAAGUCACCUAGCAAAUGUAGAGAAGGAUCAGCUAGGAUAAACCUUAUGAAAGUACAACAAGGAUUUGGUGUAUUGUCUGUUGCUCUCGCAUCACAUGCCCUUCGACUAAUGGGGCAGCUGUUGGAGGAUGUUCAAUACGAAUGUGGUUCCUUCAAUUCAAUAUCUCAGGCUGAACAAUUUGCAGACCUACAAAUUAGCAGUCAGUCUACAGCACUGCAAAGGGCUUUAACUGUACUUAAUGCUGUUCCUAUAAAUCAGUUUCUGUUCUACCUUGCUACUGUCACAUAUAGAAAAGCUUGUACUCUGAAAAGAAUCCAAAAGCAACCGGCUGAAGGUGACACUUUUAGUACAUCAGAUUCAACAACUUAUUAUGAUGAUGAUAUGAGCUGUUCAGAUGAGAGCUCUCCUGACGUAGAUGAUGAUAGUGAACCAUUAUUGGGUUUAUGGUUUGAAGAAACUAUUGCUAUACCAGAUAAUGAAAAUUCAUCUAAAACCCAAAGCCAAGAUUCUCAAGAGUCAAUACAAAAAAAUGUUGCUGAUGGAUCAUCCUCUAUUGUUCCUGAAAAAGGAGAGCCCAAUGGAUAUAUAUCAUUAGCAACACAGAUCUUCAACAUAAUGAAUAAAUAUCUCGUCACUAGCAGAGCUCAGUAUCUCACUCGAUAUGUAGAAACUGGGCUAGCUGAACAACAAAUGGUGAUGUUGGCAGCUAUCAUCAGAGAUUUAGACAGGGAAACUGCCAGAACAGAUACAGGUACAAUUUCAGUAUAUUUUGGUCAAGUACUUGGUCAGUUGUAUACUGAAUUUUCCCAAGCUCUUACCCAAUAUACUCAUAAUCUGCUCGCACGCAAUUUGCUGUCACCGUCUCUCCAAUCAACACUUCUUCUCCAUCUGGGUGUUAGUCCUUUCGCUAAUACCGACAAUCACAGCUGGCCUCUUCAAGUCUAUCCUCGGACAUUGGCUGUCCUUGCUCAGGUGCUCCUGCUGAAACCACAAGAGGAAAAGGCCUCAGCUUGUAUUAGUAUAUGGCAAAGACUGAUAAAUACUUUGAUAGAUAAUAUUUGCUCUACUCCUACAACAACCGUGGAAGCAGAAAUCGAGGACCUUAAUGUCGAACAUGCACAGCUGGUUCUCUUCUUAUUUCACUCAUUGAAUCUUAUGCAGAAGAAGUCUGUACUUUUGUCGUGUGCAAAUGGAGUAAUGAAAGUAAGCGAAAAAGUAAGGGGCGUUAUGAGAGAAUCCCAAAUAUUGCACCUGUCUCGGCUUCUCUUACUUUUAGACUACCUGGUGAAACAUUUAUACGAUGCACCUGCUGCUCUUCUUGAGCAGGUACAAUGGAACUUGCUCAGUGGUACGAACAUCAUGAAAGAAGGAGAAGGCGGUAUUGCUUCACGUCUUUAUUGUCCCUGGAAUGAGAUUGAUGAUAAUUAUAAGUUUAUUCCUCAGGAUGAAUUCUCUAUGCGUCCUAGGUUCUAUUCACUUACUUAUGGUGAAUUGAACAAUCAAGAACCUCCAAAAUUGUGUGGUUUGGCCUGUAACUUCAUCCUUGGCACUCCUGACAAAGUGAAAUACCCUUUGCUUAUGGACGCUUUGGUUGAAAUUCUGAGUAUUACGGAUCAAUGUACACCAUCAACGAGAUGUUCAGAAAAAAUCUCCUACACCACCCUAUGUGCUAUUCAGUACUGCUUCCUCAUUUGUUGGAGAUUACUACUUCAGUUACCACCAUCCACACCAUAUUUAGAAAAACUUGCUGGUACCAACAAAUUGGAACCGAAUCCAUUUCUUUUACACUCGCUUAUCUGGGGUCCAAGAACAGCUCAUAAAACUUUUAUUCCAUGGAUGAAGGAUUGCCUUGUAAAACAAGGUAUGUAUACCCAGUAUGCUGAGUCAGCAUUAAGAAACGUCGCAGACGUGGUGAAUAGUGUCCUCCAUGAUAUCAUUGUUGCAAAAAACACUAUAAUUGCUCUUACUCCUCAGAUCGAAACGAGAGGAUUACUUGUUCAUAAGAGAGAAUUACCAACUGUAAUGGAUCUAUGUAUUCUUAAUGCAGUCUUAGCUAAGGUACAAGCACAUUUUGACCAUUCAAGUAAAACUGCAGCAUCAACUGAAACUGAAUCUCACAAAAGCCUCCCCAAUAUGGAGAAUAAACUGCUUAGUGAUUGCAUUCUUGAGCUCCUUCCUCAUGCUCUCACCUUAACAGAAGUUAUAUUAGCUUGUAGCAGGUCCAGUCUUAUGUACCAAAUCACUGAAAAUGCAGAAGGUGGCAACACUUAUACUACUGGUGACUUAACUGCCUUUCGUAGUAUAUUGGCCAUAAUAUCGUUAAAGAGUUCGAAGACUCAGACACUCUCUUCUGCUAUAUCUCCACUAUUGCCUUCACCAGUGAUGAAUGUUCUUGAGAAAUGGAAUGAAAAUCCAGUCAAGAACUUUCCAUGGGGAGAGUUUGCAAAUGACUUGAUCCCUGGAGAAAGCUAUGCGAUGUUAGUUGUCAAGACUCACAUUUCAGCACUAUCUGCUCAUAACGUGUUCUCUAUUAACCCUUCUUUGAAGCAUUUGCUUCAUUGCCUUGUUUCAUUUAUCAGUGAACAUAUUGUGAAAUGUAGUGACGGGCAUGCUGUUUGGCAACAGGCUGUUUCUGUAUUCACUCCUCUUUCCCUCGAUGUCUGCACAGAAUAUUUAUAUGACAUAGCUAUCAAAGUUUUGGAAAAAGCCAUUGGCGAUCCUGAAAGUGACAAAUAUCAAAUCACAAUUUAUGUUCUUGUACUUGAGCAUAUUUAUACACUAAUAUUGAAUUAUACUAGUGCAACUUCUCCUUGCAGUGAUGUUGUUAAUGAGAAAAUAUUGCACGAGUGCUUGGCUUGGAUGGAAAGUUUGUUAGAAAAACAAGCAGGAAGGCAGGCUCUUGAGAAAUUCUUUGAUGGAUCUGUUGACAGGAGCCUCAUUCAUAUCCUUCUGUCUGUUGCUUCUCCAAGAACUUCACUAUCAUCUGUUUAUGGCACUAAAGUGUUCCAGUUCUUUAAUAAGCUCUUUACGAUGGCUGAUAAGAGCCCAUCAGAUGAAGAGCUAGAGAAGUUAUGUGCUUCAAUCUUGGAACUGGCCCACGUGGAAGCUUCACAGUUAUCUGCCUGGCUACAUCAUGUUAUUCUUGGACCAGGUUCCGGAAUCGCUCAAGGCCAAAACAACACCAAUGGGAGGGAAACUUCCCCUCCUAUUGUCACUCUUGGCAUUGCAUCAUCAACAACUAAUGAACCAACCAAAAAUGAGAAAACUCCUUCAACUAAUGAAUCCACCCCUCCACCAACUAACGGAAAUGCCAAAGAUAAGAAGGAACUUUUCCAAGAAAAUCAACUCCUUUUGCAGCAUUUAACAACUUACAUUGUGAAACAAAACAGUGGUUCUGAUGCCAAAGAAGCAGUUGCUUUGACUCUGCUUGAAGCUUUGGUGCCAAUGGCUACUCAACUGUUACUUGUUUGCCAAGGCCAGGGAUUCCCUCAGCUGAUGUAUGUUAUGGCUAUUCUAGCUGGUGCUGGAUCAGCGAAAGGACAUCUCUCUUUGUUCCUCGCUGCUACCCAUUGGAUAAAUAUUUGUAAGGAUGAACUGUGUGAGAAAGAGGUAUUGAAGAACAUCGAAAAUGGAGAUAGUGGUGGAAGCCUUGUAGAAUCAGCUUGUGCUGCGCUGCGUUAUGUCGGAGAUAUAGUCCACGCUCUGGGACCUGCUCCACAGAGAGCUCCAAGCCCCCAUGGGAAGGUGAGGUGGUGAUACCACCAGAUCCCGGCGAUGUGGACUGGAUGGAAGACCUAACACAUGAAGAAGAUGACGAAAGUGGAGGUGAUGAAUCGGAUGAAGACAGUCUGUGUAACAAGCUUUGUACUUUUACGAUUACACAAAAAGAAUUCAUGAAUCAGCAUUGGUACCAUUGCCAUACAUGCAAAAUGAUCGAUAGGGUUGGAGUUUGCUCAGUAUGUGCACGUGUUUGCCACAAGGGUCACGAUGUCACCUAUGCCAAAUUCGGCAACUUCUUUUGCGAUUGUGGAGCACGAGAGAGUGGUUCCUGUCAGGCCCUGACCAAAAGAAAUCCUAUAAGCAGUAAUACUGGCGCUGAAGGACAGCAGGGAACAGGUGCUACUACAGGAGGUAACUGCGGCAUUGAGCACAUGCUUACUUCAUCUCUUCGGCGAAGACCUAGUAGUCCUUCCCUUGACAGAUCACAGCAGCAAAAAGACCUUGCUAAACAAGUGGCCCUCACAAAACUACUUGAAAAUAUAUCUGAACCGUUAACUGCUGUGGUCAGUAAGGAAAGAAGUCUGGUAAGUCCACUAGUUGCUCUUGCCAAGGCGUUAUUGCCAGCUGUUGAGGCAGCCUGUCAGCGGAAUUCACCUGUCGGCUGCCAUAGAAGGACCAAGGAGGCACUUAAAGAACUUCAUUCCCAAGAGAAGAAAUUUGUUUUCUCUGAUCAAAUAAUGGUACCAACUCUUGGUUCUCAAGAAGGUGCCUUUGAAAAUGUAAGAAUGAAUUAUUCUGGUGAACAAGGACAGACAAUAAGACAGCUGAUGUCUGCACAUAUGAUAAGAAGGGUUGCUAUGUGUUGUCUUGCUUCACCCCAAGGGAAACGCCAGCAUCUUGCCGUUGCUCAUGAAAAAGGAAAGAUAACAAUUUUACAGCUGAGUACCUUGCUGAAACAGGCUGACUCAUCCAAGAGAAAGUUGACUUUGACCAGGUUAUCUUCAGCACCUAUUCCAUUCACAGUUCUUACCGUUACGAGUAACCCUUGGAAUGAAGAUUUUCUUGCUGUCUGUGGUCUGAAGGAUUGCCAUGUUUUGACAUUUACAUCUGGUGGAUCAGUAGCUGAUCAUUUAGUCCUUCAUCCCCAGUUGGAGAUUGGGAAUUUCAUAAUCAGAGCUAUUUGGCUUCCUGGAUCACAGACCAAGCUCGCUCUUAUUACUGCAGAUUUUGUUAAAAUUUAUGAUUUGUCUAUUGAUGUACUUAGUCCACAAUACUAUUUCUUAGUACCUUCUGGGAAAAUAAGAGAUGUAACAUUUAUUUGUACAGAAGAUGGUAAGAGUACCCUGUUGCUAAUGGCUUCAACUGGCUAUAUCUAUACACAAGAUAUGGAUGAAGAAAGCUCAGCCAAACAUGGAGCCUUUUAUGUUACCAACACUUUAGAAUUUUACCAUCCUGAAAUGAAGGAUUCAAACGGACAGAUCUGUGGAGGUGGCGUUUCUGUCUAUUAUUCACAUGCUCUCCGCUUGUUAUUCUUCAGCUAUUCCCAUGGUAAAUCCUUCAUAGCACCUCUUGAGAGCGGUAGCAGUCAGCUGACUGAUGCCUUCUUGAUAAAUUUGUCUCGUCCCAGUGGCUCCGGAAGUGGUUCAUCCAGCGGUGGCAGCUCAGGUGGCAACAACAAGGGAGGUAACCCUUCCUCCGGCCAACCACAACCACUUUGUCUUUGGACAGAAGUGGCCAACCAUCCUGGCAUUGUGUGUGCUACAUUGCAAACAAGUAACAAUCCCGUAAUAUUAAUGAUAAAACCUGAUACAAUAUUCAUCCAAGAAAUUAAAGUGUUACCAGCAAAAGCUAAGAUCAUGGACAUGGUUGUUAUUCGUCAUGUUUCUUCUAAUUCAGAGCUACGGACAACCCUUUUGAUCCUUUGUGAAGAUGGCAGUUUGAGAAUAUAUAAUGCUUCUCCUGAAAAUACUGGAUUCUGGUUGUCACCAAGUAUCCAGGCAAUCAGUAGUCUACCAUCUCACAAAACAACAAAGAAAAAGAAAAAUCCCAAACCUGCUAAAACUUCAGCCAAUGUAUCAUUUCCUGUAGACUUCUUUGAGCAUUGUACGCUGCUGAAUGAUGUGGAAUUCGGAGGAAAUGAUCUUCUCCAAAUUUACAAUGCCCAGCAGAUCAAGCACCGCUUGAACACUACAGGAAUGUAUGUGGUUUCAACCAAGUCAGUUGGAUUCAACAUUGAAAUUAUAAAUAAUGAUGCUGCCCACGUUAUCACUGGAGUCAGGGUUCUCCUCGGAAAUCAGGAUAUUCAAAGGGUGCCAGCUUAUAUUGAGGUGAAUGGAAGGAGCAUUCAAACUACAGUUACCCGAAACAGAUGGUUUGAUUUUCCUCUGACCCGUGAAGAGAGUACCCAAGCAGACAAAAAACUUAUUCUGACAUUUGGGCCAUCACAAGAUCCUGAUGGCAUUAUUAUGGUUGAUUCAAUCAAAGUGUAUGGUAAAACUAAAGAUGUAUUUGGUUGGCCUGAAGAAAGCGAGGAUUCACAAAAUCAACCCCAAUCUUCUGGUCAGCAAGUUUCUAAUGCUAGUAAUGAACCAGAAAUGUCUCCUGUAUCAUCACCUUCUAUGCCGCUUUUGGAUAGAAUGAUGUCUGGAAUUUUGGAGGUGUUGGAUGGCUGUUUUGCUUUGAGCCAUCUAGAAGAGAAAAAUUCAUUUAAGUCUACAGCUAUUUCCUUAUCUACCGAAUUACUCACUCUUCCUACUGUUAGUGGAGUUCAGAAGAACACUAAAGCUCUGCUGGCUGCUCUUCACCCAUCUAAGCAGACUUACCACAAUUAUAAGGAUCAAGCAGUCAUUAAUUAUGUUAUUUCAUCGUUGAACACUUUAAGGAAGGUGACCGAUUCUCGUGACCUAGAUACAGAGGCGUUUUAUAGGCUUGUCCUCAUGACACGUUCAAUAGCCAUUUCACGGCCUCACAACUUAGUCAAAUUUUCGCAAUCAGUUGAAACUUCAGAAAAUGGUCAUCUAGUAGAACAGCUGAUUGAAAUCUUGUGGAGGUUGCACAGCGCCAGGCCUCAGAACAUUGCACUUGCAAGCGUCAACAUACCUGGGCUUACGCAUGUGGAAGCAACUGUCUAUUCUCUAGUUGAGAUAAUCCAUGCGUUUACUGUUGCUGAGCAUACCGAAGCGAUGACAGCGUUAGCAGCUAAGGUCUAUCUCGAAUUGCUAUUAUGCAAAGAUCACAGUGUGUGCUUCAGUGCGAAGCAUGCAAUUAUCAGAGUGUUGAGGCCGAGGGUGAAGAGAAGACGUGUAUUUAUUCCUAGUCCUCCUCACUGCAGCACUCCAGGUUCGAGGGCCACUCUUAGCAACAGAGCACCGGAAAUCGACAAACCUGGUCCUGUUUCUCAACCUUCUCAGGACUCAUCUGAAGCUGAACCAAAUCAGUUUGAAGAAACUGUUGAACCCAUUGUUUUACUGGCUCCUGAUCCUGGUGGUGUUGCAAGUGGAGUGUCAGUGAACAUGGAAGCGCUACUUGGGGGUGUGAACGGAGGAUCAGGUUUCGCACCUAUGCUUGAUAUACCACCUGAUGCUGAUGAUGAAACUAUGGUGGAAUUGGCUAUUGCCCUUUCACUCCAGGAUCAUGAGGGAGGUUUAGUUAACUUGCAGGCUUUUCAGAACCUUGCAGGACCAGCAUUACAGGCUCUGGCUAGUGGCCAGGUUCCAGUUGGAAGUAGUGGACAGAGCCAGGAGGCUGGUCACUAUUCGGACACGACAGCUUCUGCGGGAGGAUCUGAUGACGAAGGCUCGACAGCAGCCACUGAUGGCAGUACACUUCGCACUUCUCCUGCAGAUCAGGGGGGCUCUGGUGGAUCAGAGAGCGGAGGAAGUGGUGUAGACAGUAUAACUGGGGAACAGAAUGUAUCCGGUCGCAGUUCAGCGUAUGGCGAACAGGAGGCUUUGGUCGGUCAGAGGAGCGAGACCAGUUCUUUGGGUGGUGCCCCUUCUGGCUUUCAGGCGCAGGAGACUGAUGGCUUAGAGGCAGAAGGUGAUGUUGAGAUGGAAGGUGCUACAACUCUGCAUUCACUGAGAUUGGCUAUACUUGAAAAAUUCGUCCAACAUGUCCCCGAUUUGCAGAACGUGAGUGGCGUUAUUGCCAUACCAUUUAUGCAGGUGGUUUUGAUGUUGACUUCUGAUUUGGAUGGAGAAGAGGAGAGGGGGAAGGUUUGUUUAGAAAACUUGAUCAGUGCUGUUCUCUCUUUGUUGAAGCUCAAUGUUCCUGAUACCAAUGAUAUAUGUACUAGAAAUCUUCAUAGGGAAGUGUCAUUGGUUAUUAUGAGGCUUCUGAGUGUUCUCAUGUCUCGCCCCAAGUCUUCUUCUAAAUCCGGUAAUGCAAGUUUUGUCUCACAGACUACUGCAAAUAUGCUCUUACAGUCCGGUAUGAUCGAUUAUUGCCUUAUAUUGCUCAAAGAACUCAUACCGUAUUGGAAAAACACCUCACAGGAAGAGUCAGGCACAUCAACAAGUGGCACGCUGUUGAAGCCUCAUCUUCCAUCUACGCCUCCUGAUAUGUCACCAUUCUUCCUGAGACAGUAUGUGAAGGGGCAUGCUACCGAUGUCUUUGAAGCCUAUCCUCAACUUCUUACGGAAAUGGCUCUUAGGCUCCCUUACCAAGUUCAGAAGCAUACACCUACACAUAUUUCUUUUCCACAGGCUUGGUUUUAUUACCUUUGUGAAUAUAUGAUGACCCAACAAACACCAUUUGUACGUAGACAAGUCAGAAAGUUAUUGCUAUUUAUAUGUGGCAACAAAGAAAAGUACCGACAGAGGCGAGAUUUACAUGCUCUAGAGUCACACAUGAAGUCUGUGAAACAGUGUCUUGAAAGUCGAGAACCACUGUCUUAUGACUCUCUCGUUGAAGUAACGGAACAUCUUAAAGCAUGCGUAGAAGUUGGAACUGGUCGUACUGGUAACUGGCGCCGGUUCUGCCUUGAUGAUCCAUCAGUCCUAACUUUCUUAAUGGAGACUAGCUGCAGUGUUGAAGAGGCUGUUGCUGCCAUUGCUCUUCAGUUGCUGCAGUGUGCCCUCUGCCCUGCUAGGCCUCAACAGCCGGUUGCGUCCAACCAGCAACAGGAUCAGGCCGCUUCUUCAGCUGUCUCUAAACCAUCCACAAGCAGCAGUGGUCGUGAUAGCAAAGAUAAAAUUGAGGACAAUGAAAUGGAAGAUGCACAGUGCCUUGCUCUUGUUCGCCAGCUUAACAAUCAGCUGCCUAGAGAUUUACUGACUCGUUUCAUGCGCUCAUUCCUUCUUGAAACUAAUGCCUCCAACAUGCGUUGGCAAGCACAUGCUCUUAUACUUUCUAUAUACAGCAAUUCCGAUGUAAAUGAACAGGAAGCAGUCUUAGAGCAGCUAUGGUCACUCUGGCCUCAACUUCCAUCAUAUGGUCGUAAAGCUGCUCAAUUUGUUGAUUUACUUGGCUAUUUCUCGAUCAAAUCUAAUAGCGAUUCUCCAGAUAAGAUGGAAGAAUGUAUAGAGAAAGCAGUAAAAAUGCUACGGAUUCAAAAUCAAGUUUUGCUUCAGCAUCCAAACGCUAGCCUUUACACUCAAUUAGCGCAAUACGUUGAACUUGAGGGGUACUAUUUAGAGUCUGAUCCGUGUCUAGUCUGCAACAACCCAGAGCUUCCGAUGACCAACAUAAAGCUAUCUUCAAUAAAGAUUGAUUCUAAGUUUACCACUACGACCCAGAUAGUGAAACUCGUUAGCAGUCAUACCAUUAGUAAGAUCACGUUGAGGAUAGGUGACCUCAAGAGAGCUAAGAUGGUGCGCACGAUGAAUAUUUACUACAAUAAUAGGAGUGUACAAGCUGUUGUCGAACUUAAGAAUAAACCAGCAAUGUGGCAUAAGGCAAAGAAGGUGAACCUUGCAUCAGGGCAGACGGAGGUAAAAGUUGAAUUUCCUCUUCCUAUUGUUGCUUGCAACCUCAUGAUUGAGUAUGCUGACUUCUACGAAAACCUUCAAGCAUCCUCAGAAACGUUGCAGUGUCCUCGGUGUAGUUCUUCUGUACCUGCUAAUCCUGGUGUUUGUGCUAACUGUGGAGAAAAUGUUUUCCAGUGUCACAAGUGCAGGGCUAUUAACUAUGAUGAGAAAGAUCCAUUCUUGUGCCAUGCUUGUGGAUUCUGUAAAUAUGCUAAAUUUGAUUUCACUAUAACGGGGCGGCAGUGCUGUGCUGUAGAUCCUAUAGAAAAUGAUGAAGAUAGGAAAAAGACGAUUGCUGCUAUUAAUUCUCAUUUAGAAAAGGCUGAUAGAGUUUACAAGCAGUUAGUAGGAAAUAAGCCAACCUUAGAGAUGCUGCUUCUUAAGAUAACCGAUCACAAAGCUGAACGCAGUGGAAUGGAAGAAAAUCAAGCAGCAGUCAAUAAUACUACCAAUAAUAGUAGUACUACAGCAGCUGUUUCAUCUUCAUCUGCAAGUGCCAAUUCAACAAAUACAAUGGUCAACAGAGCGAUACAGCUCCUUGCGCAAAGAUAUUGUACUGAUUGCAAAACGUCGUUUGAAGAUCUCAGCCGCAUUAUUCAGAAAGUUCUGGCCUGUCGAAGUAAACUGGUCGCUUAUGACAGAAGCCAACUAGAAGGAGCUGUAUCUGGAGGUUACGGUUACAACUUCCCAGUUUCUGGUGAAAUAGCGCCUUACUCACUCCCAGUGCAAACUAAAUGUUAUGGCUGUGCUUUGUCUGCCACAGAACACUGCCUGAUCUUACUUCGGGCUCUUUCUGUUAAUAGCAAAUCUCGCCAACUCCUUUGCAAUCAUGGCCUAGUGCAGGAGCUAGUUGAGCAUAACCUCCGUAGGGGUACUACUCUGGUCCAGGAAGAUGUACGGCAGCUGAUAUGCUUAGUGACUGUUGAUAAUGAAAAAGCAACAAAGGAGAUUUGCAUCAUCCUGAUGGACCGCAUAGCACUCACCUUGAGGGGUCACCUUGCUGUUUCAGAACUCUCUGUUGCCGUGCGCCCGGAGAUGAAUCUGUUAGCAGCACUUGUACAGAAGGAAGACUCUUGCUGGGAGCACAAGCUAAGGAGUGUUAUGCAGUUGUUCUUAAUAUCCUGUGCUGAGGGAAAAUCUCCAGUAAUCAUGGAUUCAAUUAUAUUACCCUGCCUCAAAAUUCUAAAAGGCCUUGUAAAGCCAGAUCAACCAGUUUCAAAGAAAUAUAAGGAUAAAACAUUAGAUGCGAUAGCAAGUAUCAAGCCUAGUGGAUCAGUGCAUUUAGAUGUUCUGAAGUGGCUAAAUGGUGAAGAGAGACACUCGUAUGCCAGUUGGUUUAAGAACAUGCCACAAGCCAACAGUGAGCCUGUGUCGCCUUUGAAACCUAAAUCAAAGAGUGAAGUGAGAGCAAGGUAUUUAGAAGAGAAGUAUGGAAGGCGGUGGAGGGACAAGUGCUGCAAGCCUAUGAAGUUGACAGAUACUGCUUGGCUAAGGAGAGUCAUGUUUAACCCUAGCUCUCGACUUGCUCGUCAGGUCAUUUGUAAUAUGGUUGAGUGUCUUUGCUCAGAACCAAACAGGAGGAGAGAGGUUUUGGAUUUGCUUACAACCUUCCUGAACGAAUUGGGAACAGCUGGUGAGUCGGCUGCGGAAUACCUUUCACUGUAUCAGAACCUGCUGCAGGAGUCUCCUUGGAAGCAAUACCUUGCCCUGCGUGGUGUGUUGUUGCAUCUAGCGAACCUGCUCACUGCUGAAAUAGAGUCAAUACACAAAUAUGAAGGGACUGUCCUUACUUCCGACCUGUCUCAAGGUUACGCUCUGAAAAUGCUGACUGAGUUAAUGGCUUCCUUCCUUGAACAGCCAAACAUUAAGCAGCAAUACAAAGGAAGAUUAGUAGGAGCUGUCUUGAACGGGUACUUGUCACUUCGUCGUCUUGUUGUUCAAAGGACUAGGCUCAUAGAUGAAACGCAAGAUAAGCUUUUAGAACUGCUUGAAGAAAUGACAACAGGAACUGAAGCAGAGACAAAGGCUUUCAUGACUAUCUGUAUCCAGACAGUUGAGAAAUGCUCAUCACAGGAUGUCAGGACACCCGUAUUUAUUUUUGAAAGGUUGUGUUCCAUUAUUUAUCCAGAAGAAAAUGAUGUUGGUGAAUUUUUCCUCACUCUCGAAAAAGACCCGCAACAGGAAGACUUUUUACAAGGUCGUAUGCUUGGCAAUCCUUAUAGCUGUAACGAACCAGGCCUAGGGCCACUUAUGCGAGAUGUUAAGAACAAGAUCUGCCAGGACUGUGAACUGAUAGCUCUGUUGGAAGAUGAUAACGGAAUGGAGUUGUUAGUUAAUAACAAGAUAAUUAGCCUUGAUCUCUCUGUGAAAGAGGUGUACAAGAAGGUGUGGGUCGCAGAAGGAGGUGAAGGGGACUCUAUGAGGGUGGUCUAUAGGAUGAGGGGUCUGUUAGGUGAUGCAACAGAGGAAUUUAUAGAAACGUUACAUGCAAAGUCCCAACAGGAGGUGAACAAUGAAGAGGUUUACAAAAUGGCUAAUGUGAUGGCUGACUGUGGUGGCCUAAAAGUAUUACUAAGCCGAUUGAGCCAGAUCAAAGAUACAGUGCGCUCACGACCUCUACUGCAGGUUAUUCUGAAGUUGCUACAGUUAUGUGUAAAAGUCUCAAGGAAUCAAGAAGUAUUAUGCCAUCCAGAUCUUGGUGCAAUCUCAAUUUUAUUAAAUACUUUCCAACUGUGUGUUUCCGACUCAACGCACCAGUCAGGCCAGCUUAUUGACCAAAUUUUGGAGAUAAUGGAAACAAUCUUAUCCAAGACUGCAAUGCAGAGCCCUGAUAUAUUUAUUGAGAUGUCUCGUAAGCUGGGGAGUGGAGUGGAAUACAUUAGACCGCUACUGGAGUGUACUUCUACCUGCCCAAGCGUGAGGUCUAACCCCCAAGUCUUGACCCAUCUUGCUCGGGUCGUAGCCUCACUCACAUAUGCCAGCCGUGAAAGCAUGACUGCCCUCAUGGCUUAUUUUAACCCGUCCUUAGAGUUUGAUGCCUUUGAUUCAGAACACACACCAGAGGAUGAACAAAAGCUUGAACUAUUUAGUAUUCUAUCAACAGCAAUAGAUCGAACAUCACUUGGAAAUAAAUUAAAGGAUUAUAUUCUAUCACUAGGAAUUGUCGAUAAAGCUCUGAAAUAUGUUUGUAAUCAUGCACCUGUUGCCAAACCUACACUUUUGCACUCAGACAGCGAUGAGUGGAAGGAAUUCAUCUCAAAACCUUCUUUGAAAUAUAUCUUAAGAUUUCUCACUGGAUUAGCUAGUCAUCAUAAACCUAUUCAGGAUUCAGUGUCGUUGGAUUGUAUAACAAUUAUCCAUAGGCUGGAACAAGUUUCUUCGGAUGAACAUGUAGGGUCGCUGGCUGAAAAUCUUCUUGAAGCUCUCCGAACUAAUGAGUCUGCUGCUUCGCGUAUUGAGGAAGUACGUGGACAAACUAAAGCUGAAAAGAAGAGGCUUGCGAUGGCUAUGAGAGAGAAGCAGUUGGGUGCCUUAGGAAUGAGAACAAACGAUAAAGGCCAGUUAAGGGUUGAAAGUACAAUGAUGCAGCAGAUGGAAGAACUUGGAGAAGAAAGUGGUCUUGUAUGUGUUAUUUGUCGAGAAGGUUACAAAUUCCAACCUGCCAAAGUCCUUGGUGUAUAUACAUUUACAAAGCGCUGUAACGUUGAAGAGUUUGAAAAUAAAUCCAGAAAAACUGUUGGUUAUUCAACUGUAACCCAUUUCAAUGUUGUACAUAUAGACUGUCAUAUGUCCGCUGUUAGACUUGCUCGAGCGCGAGACGAAUGGGAAUCAGCAGCACUUCAAAAUGCGAACACUAAGUGCAACGGUCUCCUUCCGCUUUGGGGUCCUCAUGUGCCUGAGUCGGCUUUUGCUAGCUGUUUAGCUAGGCAUAAUACUUAUUUACAGGAGUCUACGGGUCAUAGGGAUAUAAGCUAUUCUUCCAUGGUCCACGACUUGAAACUUCUUCUCCUCAGGUUUGCUCAGGAGAAAAGUUUCCAUGAGGAUGCUGGCGGAGGAGGUCCCCAGUCUAACAUGUACAUUAUACCUUAUCUUAUGCACAUGGCCUUAUAUGUAAUUAACACGACGAGGUGUAGCGCGAGGGAGACAAAAGGACUGUCAUUAUACCUGGAGGAAAGGCGAUUGGAAAACUGUUAUGAGGCAGAGGGGCCUUAUUAUUGGUCGACGCUGUCUACCCUACUCCAGUCGCCUGCUCGCUGGGCUGCCACCAGGUUGAGGCACCUAGAUCGGUUGGUGCUUACAGCUCACGCUCGCCAUCUUCAUCCUGCUAGUCCACCGCCACGUCUCAGCGACCUCACCGUCAAGCCAUACCAUGUCUACAAGGGAGCUCUCCUCUUUUGGGCCCUCAUAGAUGCCAUCUAUAACAAUCAUUUUAAGAAAGUACCAUUCACAAGUGAGGAUCAUUGGCCUACCAGUUUAGCUGAUUACAUUCGCCAUAAUGAUGAAGCACUAAUGAAAUCAUCGGAAAGGCUGAUGGCUAUUUAUAAUGAUGAACUUUUACCUUGUGCAUCUUUUGAAGAAUUCUGUGAUGUUGUUGGUUUAUUGGGAGAAAUACAGAGUCCUGCUACUUAUAUCAGUGAAACCCUUGCCUGGUUUGCAUAAAACUGUUGCAUAAAUCAAGCUUUAUGUAUAUUUUUGUAGAUUAAUUUCUUUUCUCUUUUCUCGAACUCUUAUAGGUGUGGCUAAAGAUCCUACCGAUCUUACCUCACCAUACUUAGGUAACUCCAUCAAGAGUAAUUUUUCUUGUGUUAAUAAGGAAAUAAAAUGUACAAUCUAUUUCUUUUUUUAAGUUCGUUUUCCUGCUCACUUAAUCCAAUAGGAACAAUAAUUAAUUAAUAAACUUUAAUUGUUUGUUAGAAACAGUUUGUUGUUUCACUUUAUAUUUAUUUAUUAAGAAAUACAAUUCUGAGAAGUAUUUUUUGAGAUCAAUCAAAGCUCCUAUAGAUUAAAAGAAAAGUUCCAAUUAUGCAAUUUAUUUAUGUAUUAAUUUAUUUUUAAAAUUGUAAGAAAUUUGAUAAUGAUGUAAUUAAAUUUUUUUUUCAGUCAUGAAUGUUCUGUCGGUUAUGAAUAUUGAAUUGUUUUGUUCUUUAAAAAUGUUGAAUAAAAUAUUUAUCAUUAAUACUAUAAAACUUUUGUUAAAGGAAUAAUUUCUCAUUCCAGCUUAAAUUGAUCCAUUUCCUUCUUUCAAAUAUUAAUCAGAAGUUGUGGUUCGGAUCGAUUUAACUACUAUGAGAGUGCCUUUUCACCAAUCGAUUAUAACUGUUAUUUUCUGCUUGUCAGAAAAUAGAAGGAUCUAUAAUGCUGGAGGAGAUGCAUUCGUUGAAAUCACCAAGAACUCAUACGAUCUGUUUACUCAGUUGUUAACAUGAUAAGAAGAUAAUCAUGCAAUAUCAAGAUAAUCAUGCAUCAAGCAAAUUAUGGUCAAUAAUGUGUUUUGUAUUAAGAGUGCAGUGUGUGAUGCAAGUGAUGCUUGUUUGGUGCCUUUUUGUUUUUUAAUUAAAUAUUUCUUUAAGUUAUAAUUAUAAAAUGAAGGAGAUGUUUUGCCAUUUUGGCUUGGCACCCAGCUCUGACAAGAAAUAGCUUUUACAUCAUACAUACCCAACUAUUACAUGGUUGGCAAGUCUUUCCUCUCCUUCCUAACAAUCAUCCAAUUUCUUGUCUCUUACGUUGCUUGUACUGAUGUUUUAUAUUAUAUACUUAUAAAAUUAUUGAAUUGUACAAAAUAUAUUCUAUUUCUAUCAUCUAGUCUGAAAAGUAC